UUCAUUUUGAAGGUGUCCGCCGGAAGUGUUGGACGGUCCUCAGCACGUCACAAUUGACGCGGCAACAAUUUGGUCCUCGGCGAACAUUUUAGCACCCAAAAAGUUUCCAAACCGCAGCGGUAACUCUUUGACUGCCACUUGAGGGGAUCGUACCUUUUUUUUUCUUCCCUUCGCCGAAAAGAGGAAGUGAAUCCCGGGAAGCUUGUGACCGUCUUCUGUGGCGCUCACAUGACUGUCGGCGUCAGCUGUUGCCGUCUGAUGGUCGCAGAAGCUCCGAGAGCUUCGCCGCGGUCCGCCGAUGAUCUCCUCCCCGGACUUGCUGCCUUUCACCGUGCAGGGGGGCUUCGGCGACCCCGAGGACGGCGAGGCGGAAGGAGCGCACCGCCGCCCGGCCGGGGGGCUUUUCCCCGAGGAGUUCUCCGUGCCGCCGCCCCCCGGCUGCGAGGGCCACCCGUGGAGCUCCGCGGCCCCCUUUCACAAGGACUUCGUGUUGGUGGCCGAGUUCUCCGAGCAGUACUGGCCAACGUCCACCAGGUGGGGCCCACACCGGUGAUGACCAUACCCGAGGAGGCGGGCGCCGGCGGCUCCCUGGACCUGAACUACUUCUCCGUGCGCAUCAUGUCCGUGGACUACCAGGCGUCGGGCCCGGGAGGACCUUCGCCGUCCGCGUCCGGGCCGCGCCUCAACUUCAACGAGGACUCGGAGGUGGUCCUGGGGGACUCGGCCGAGCGGGCCUUUGCGUACGUGCGCCACGUGACGCUUCUGGACCCGGCGGCCCGCGGAAUGGUGCGUCCUUUCUGCUUGGCCUACGUGUGCUCGCAGCAGGCCAAGAUCAUGGACAACUUCGGCCGGCUGUCGGCCGGCUUUGGCCGGGCGGCCGACAGCCUCAAGACGGGAAACCGGCAGGCCUUCUCCUUGGAGCUGCACGGCGAGCUGCACCGGAUGCAGUACGAGCGCCUGGCCCUGCUGCGGGACGCCGGCAUGGGGGAAAAGCGCCAGGAGCUGGAGGCGCUGGAGCGAGCCAUGGCCGUGCACCAAGAGCUCCUCCGCCAGGUGGCUUGCUACCCCAACAGGAAGUUGAAGCGGCCCGACUUCCUGCCCUACGAGCCGGCCGACGCCCGGACGGACGCACCCGCCGCGCCGCCUCCCGUCGGCUCCGAGCGGCGGCUGAAGCCGAUACGGGAACUCUGCAACGGCUACUUCCUGUCACUGAUGACGGAGCAGCUGGCGCGAACGGAGCUCCGCCUCCGCGGCGAUGUCGCCGCCCUGCGAGGUGCGAGCAUCACGCGCUCGCUGCGGAGGAGACUCAAAUUGACCAACUUCCUCUUUGAGCAACCCGAGGAUGAGGAAGAGGAGGACGACGGAGAGGAGGAGAUGUCGAGGGAAAGCGCAAAUGGGCCGAGCUCCGAGUCGCGAGCUGAGGCGGAGGAAGCGGCGAGCGGCGAGAUGACGGGAAGCAUCAGCAGCGGAGACAGCUUCCAAGUGAUGGCCACCGAGCGAUCCUACAGGACGCUGGCGGCCCCCGCCGUGCCUCUCGCCUCCUCGCUCGACGCUGCGCCGAGUGACGGCGAACCUUUGGCCACGAGCGGCGUUUGGCCGGCCAGCCGUGACACGCCUCCCCCCUCCUUCCAUUCGCCUCCUGUGAGCGGGAGGGCCAACGGCGAGGACGGCAUCGAGGUCCUCGGCGCCACCGAGUCCAUCGCUCCCGAAGACCUUGCCGCCAUUUCUGAGGAGGAGCCGAGCGAAGAUGACGAAACGGCGAAGAGCGCCGAUCGGACGCCGGCCAAUUUUCCGUCGGGGCGGCGGUCUUUAGCGCAGAGCGAAAAGGGGGCAGGCCGGGACGAGGCGGGGCUCCUGGCGCGGCGCUUCAGCGAGCGUCACUCCUUCUCUCAGCAGGUGGUCUUUUGCCUGCUGAGCGGCCGUCCUCUGGUGCUGCUGUCGGCAGACGAAGGCAAACUGAGGAGCGCGGCGGAGGCUUUGACCCUGUUCCUGCCGGCUCCCGCCGGCGCCGUCGCGCCCUGUUUGCGCGCGCCGCCGCGGCUCGCCGACCUGCUCCAGUGGAGGCUGAUCGGAUUUCACAGGUCUCGGUCCUCGGACCCGCUCGACUGGCUGGCUCGUUACGGUCGCUACCUGGCCGUGCUGGACUUGGACCGCAGGACGCUGCGCUGCCCGCCUUACUCGGGUUCGCUGGCGGGCUUGCUGGUGGGCUCGGCCGCGCCCGCCGCCGCCUUUCUGCCGCGCGUGCGGAGCGGCCUGACGGCGCUGGCCAAUCGGGUGCUGCUGUUUACGUUCGGCCGGCGAGGAGACGACGACGGUGACGACGACAGGCUGGACGCCGGCGACCUGGCCGUGAUGCGCUUCCUGUCUGACCUCAUCAAGCGUCGGCACGCCGGACGCGGGCCGCCGGCGUUGCGCUUCUCCUACGUGGCCCUGCGCCUGCACAAGGACACGAGUGCCGCGUAGGGUGGCAAGUGGGCGGAGCCAAUCCCCCCAAAUACACAAAAGGGGCGGGGCGAACCAGACAACACCGGUCAAUUAUUAAUACUGCAGCACGUGCAAAAAAGAAAAAAAUAACUCUCAGCUAAAAACGCACGCAGAAGCCCCCCCUAGCCGCCCCCCCGUGUUACAUUGAAU